CAAUAGAAAUGAUCAUAUUAAUCAGAAAUAUAUGAGUUUAAGUGAUGGUUCUGACACAGGGAUGAGAACAUGUGCUCUAAUGUUGCCACUGAUGGUAUUUGAAGCUGGUGCAGUGGUUGUCAGGCUCAGUGUACUCAGAAUCAUGAAUGUUCACUGCUCUCCUGUGUUACAGUGAGGAACUACAGCAGCACACUGAUAUUAGAUCUGUUCUGGUGAUGGCUGUUUUACAGGAGUGUUCUGGUCAAAGAAAUGGAGCCAAAAAAAAUCCCAGCGUUCCUUCUUGACCUCUAUUAUUGUAUGUAUGUUUGUAGUUGUAUUUUUUCUAUAUGCCAUUCUGUCAGGACCAAAUUGAAUAUAGAAUGUAUCAUCGUCUGUAAAAACCUUUACCUGUAAUCAGUAAUAUUUGAGAUCAGUCAGUACAUACUAUGACAUAUACAUCCCUCCAUAAUGAUGUUGUUCCAGUCCAUCUCCUCGGGAGGGCAGAAGUAUUUGUAGUCUGCAGUGAAUCACCCGAAGAAGAAGAAAGCGGAACAUCAACAACACACUUUGACAACUCGCUCACAUUCUGUAGAAAGAAAGGUUGACAUUUUGGAGUGCACUAUGUAAAACAAAAUUAGACCGUCACGUUACUCAUAAACAUGUCCCCCCUGGAGACUUUCGAGACACAGAUAUCUAUUUUAAUGGAUACUGUGGUGGGAGAGGCGGUGACGGAGCUCGGCAGACUUCUGGAUAAGUGCUCGGGUAACGUUGUGUCCGCUCAGCACACAUCUUCUCCGGCUGAGGUCACAGCCACGAAGAGCGAAGAAGAGGAGCGCGAGGUGACUACAGCGGAGGGGAGACGCCUGUUUAACGGAGCUAUAACGAACCAGUUUGCGUCCUUCAUGGAAGCCUGGACCAAAGGUGCAUUAGCGAAAAUACUGAUGAUGUUGAAAGUGUCCAUGUGUGAAGCUGAGGAUGGUCCUGCUGCAGAGCAGAGAGCCGGGCUAAGCGAGACGACACAGACGAGCAUGGAGCUGAGAGCAGGGCGAGUGGCCGGGCCUAAAAAGCAAUCAGCAUCUAGAAGCUCUCGUCAGAAAAGAAAAACAAUCGAGGAAGGAUCUGCACCAGAUAUAACAACGGACACUGACCACAUAUAUCACCGAGCUGAUGCAGCCACACAGGAGAGUAACCGUGGGUCCCCGUCUGAACCUGGUGCCCCCUCAGAGCUGGUCUCCGAGGUAAACGAGGAAGAUGGCAUCCAGGAGGAUACAGGCCCUUCAACUGCCACACCCAAAAUGAAGAAGAAGAAGAGCACAGGACCAUUGAAAUGUCCUUCUUGUGACAAAUCAUUUGCUCUGAAGUGUAUGAUGGACAGACACUACCUGACUCACUCCAAACCUCACCUUUGCUCCGAGUGUGGCAAACGUUUUGCUGGACAACGCGGGCUUAUCGCACAUUCGAGACGUCACACCGGAGAGAAGCUUUACAAAUGCUCCGACUGCGGGACAGAGUUUGCUUACAAGUAUACGUUCGAUAGACACAUGCGUCAGCACAGCCUGAAGAAGCCGAGCACACACACGUGCUCGCUGUGUGAGAAUCAGUUCCCCGGGAUGUCGGCACUUCAGCGGCACAGGUGCUGUGCCUUGAAAAAGACGUUUGUCUGCUCGCUUUGCCCAGAGACCUUUGAGUGCAGACAGAGAUUGGCCGAUCACGAGAAUCUGCAUCCAGGAGACAGAGAUUUUGUGUGCGAAGUGUGCGGCGAGAGUUUCUUAUCGUCCUCGUCCUUGACCACUCACCGGGUGAAUCACACGCAAAAGAAAAACUGCUGCGAUGUGCUUGGCCUCGGGUGCAGUGACUUCAGCGUCCUCAGAAAUCACCUGAGCAAACACACAGGAGAAAAACUUUUUUCCUGCGAGGUUUGCGGUAAAGGUUGCAGUCACCAGAGCGCUCUGAAGCACCACAUGCUGACCCACACGGGAGAGAAGCCGUACGUCUGCGAAACCUGCGGCAAACGCUGCGGCCACGCCAGCGCGCUUCAGAACCACAUGAGGAUCCACACAGGGAAGAAACUGAGCCAGCCGGUGUGCAAUGUAUGCGGCAAGAAAUUCCACCGCACUGUCAAUCUCAAAUAUCACAUGAGCGUCCACACCGGAGAGAAGCCUCACGCCUGCACCCAGUGUGAUAAAAGGUUCAGCAACCCCAGCAAUCUCAAGUUACACAUGACGAUUCACUCGGGGGAGAAACUGUACGGCUGCAACAUCUGCGGCAGGAGGUUUGCUCAAUCCAGAAGCCUCAAGCUGCACAGGCGGGUCCACACAGGAGAGAAGCCACAUCACUGUGGGGUCUGCGGGAAAGGAUUCAUACACAGCGGCGACUUCAAGAAACAUCAGAGGGGUCACCUGCCAGAUGAGCCGGAUAAUGGACCGUCUGAAAAGAGUGCUGUAUAGUCAUGUACUUAUAUGUGGACGUACUGCACACUGGGGAUCGGGAUGGGCAAUGUGACAAUCAAUACUGUGAGAUUAAAGAUAUUUUUCA